AUGCAACAUAGAUCAGCUGAGAAGGAACAACAUGGAACGGGCUUCUUAUUUCGACGAUUGGCAGGCGAUGUUGGAGCUGCUGUGAUUUCGGCUACUCUGGUUGCUCCAGCAGUAACUAUUAUUGAUAGGGCUCUCGUGGAGAAGUCGACCUUCAAUCAACCUCUUAUACGCGGUCUCCGAACGCAUGCAAUUUCUGCAUUCAAAAGCCCGGCUCGCUUUGUAUUUCAAGCGCCCUUUGGCCUGAUAUGGGCUUUGUACGGCGCGACGUAUGUUGUUGCGAAUGGAUCCGACACAAUCGGGAGGGCAUUAAAAGCCCCCGCGACGGGAAUGAUCACUUUCCUCUCCACCACAAUGGUGAAUGUGCCGCUAGGCGUUUGGAAAGAUAUACGUUUUGCGCAAAUAUUUGGCACACAGCGGACUGCUGGCGAUGUGGGAGCCGUUCGAGAAUCUUUAGUACAGACUCGCGGCGCCGCUCGAGCAGCCACCGCAAUUUUUCUCUUGCGGGAUAGUGUGACAAUUUUUGGAUCUUUCACCCUAGCUCCUCGUCUGGCGGAUGUAAUUCCAGAUGAUAUCGCCAGCCAUCCGGCUGCUAAGCCGGUGAUUACACAGCUGACGGUCCCAGUCCUGACUCAGCUUGUGGCAUCGCCAUUACAUUCGCUGGGCCUGGAUUUGUAUAUGCGACAACAUGCCGUGCCCUUCUCCAAUCGGCUGGUACAGUCUCAGCGUCAUCUCGCUUCAUCAACGGUGCUUCGGUGCAUUCGCAUUAUUCCAGCGUUUGGGUUUGGCUGCUUGGCGAAUCUAGAGUUACGAGAAAUGUUUCAUAGAAAAUUGAAUGUCUGA